AUGUCUUGUGAAAUAUGUAAAAUACACAAAGCAAUUAUCCUUAGAUCUAAAGAUCGAACUAAAGUUUGCAAAGAGUGUUUUUACAUGUUAUUUGAAAACGAUAUCCACAACACAAUAACUGAAUCAUCUAUGUUUGCUAAAGGUAGUACUGUUGGUAUUGGAAUUAGCGGAGGAAAAGACAGUACAGUUUUGGCUUAUGUACUGGACAAGCUUAAUAAGAAAUAUAAUUAUGAACUUAAACUAGUUCUAUUGUGUAUUGAUGAGGGUAUAAAAGGAUAUAGAGAUUAUUCUAUUGAUACAGUACACGAAAAUAGCAAAGAUCUUAACCUUAAAUUACAAGUAUUGUCUUUUGAUGAUUUAUUUGGUGUUAAUAUGGAUUCAGUUGUCCAAAAAGUCGGAAAAAGGAAUAAUUGCACAUAUUGUGGUGUUUUUAGAAGACAGGCUUUAGAAGAGGCCGCUAGAAAAUGUUCGGUAGAUUAUAUUGUUACCGGACAUAAUGCUGAUGACAUGGCAGAAACAGUUUUACUAAAUUUAAUAAGGGGAGAUAUUAACAGAUUGUAUGGAUGCACAAACCCUGUAACAAAUAAACAUAUUACCGAUGAUGGAUUUGUUAUUUCACUACCAAGGACAAAACCUUUUAAAAAUACUUAUCAAAAAGAAAUAGUUCUUUACGCAUUUCAUAAAAAACUCAAAUAUUUUUCUACUGAAUGUACAUACGCGCCUGAAGCUUCUCGGGGUUACGUUAGAAAUUUUAUAAAAGAAUUAGAAAAAAUAGAUUCUACUGCUAUUUAUAAUAUUAUUAAAAGUGGUGAUCAGCUGAUAAAAACAAACAAUACUAGUUCUAAGGCAUUUCCUUGUGUUCAAUGUUCGCAUCCAACUUCGAGCCAAAACCAGAUUUGCAAGGGAUGUUCUUUUGUUGCACAAUUAAAAAAAUAA